AUGUCAACGAAAUCAGAAAGAGCAUGCAUGCUAUGCGGGAUAAUACAGCCCGUAAAAUCCUUCAAAACUCUAGGCUGUCCCAACUGUGAAGGACUACUCCAAUACAAGAACAAGGACCAGGACUUCAACCCCAUCACUGAAUGCACGUCGCCAUCCUUUGAAGGGCUAGUCGCAUUGAGUGAAGAUAGCAAGGAGUCAUGGGUGGCGAGAUGGCUCAGGAUAGAUAGUUUUGUUCCUGGUCUUUACGCCGUCAAGAUUAAUGGGAAACUACCUCCAAUUGUGAUUGAGCAGCUAGAGUCGCAAAAUGUCAUGUAUAGACCAAGAGAUGGCAGUGCUGAAGAUUGA